UUUUGUAUGGAAAUGAUGUGAGCGAAAUUUGCUUAGCCUGUUGUUAGAAAAGAAACAUGUAAAAAAUUCAAAUAACGCGUGUUAUUUACCGCGGUUUGACCAAUCAGCAUGAAGACCGGACGCACGGUAGUGAUAUGGGUUCAACAUUCAGUCAACACAUUUUAAGGCGAAGCAAACGAAUUAUUCUACUAGGAUAAUACUACGAAUUAUUCCUUUUACAAAUGAUUAAUAAGUGUCGUUUAUUAAAAUUUCCAUAGUUUCGAAUGUCAAGAUAUUUUGUAGAUAUUGGAUACCUUGUUGUGAGCAGGGAAUAAUCUAAUCGGGUCUCGUAUUCUUGGUGUACGAGUCAGUCACUCCUGCACGCUGUACCUCAAUCCAUAUUCAACGGCGGGAGUUCAUGGGUGUUAAUGAAAAAAAUGAAGAGGAAAUUUUAUGGUCGCCAAUGGCUCUUCGAAAAGAUUCAAGACACGAUGAAGAAAGACAAAAAUUUGGAUGAUCCAAAGUAUAGAGGUGUAGCUAUACUUGGUCAAGCAGGUUCUGGUAAGACUUCAGUAUUAUUGCAAUUGCUUCAUCCAAAUGAAGGUGAUAGCAUCCAAAGCGAAUUGUCUAAGAACAUAAUAGCGUAUCAUUUUUGCGAGGGUGACAAUCAAGAGUCUUUAGAUGUUGAUCAUUUUAUACGAGACAUUGCGUUACAGUUGUGUAAACAUGAAAAACUAGCAAAUUAUAAACAACGGUAUAAUUCGGGUGACAUACAAGAUAUCCUGAAGAAAGAACACAGAAAUGAAGAUCUUAUGAAUAUUUUUAAGAAAAUAAUUAUUGAUCCGCUCAAGUCACUGGUAGUGGAAAAUCAGAAAUUGCUUUUGGUUGUUGAUUCCAUUGAUGAAUCAUUAUCUAAAGGUGGGAGCCAAGACACUGAUGUUAUUACCAUUUGUAGUUUAUUCGUUAUCGCUCUACAGCAGAGCUUGCUACCCCCAUGGCUACGUUUAAUAAUCACCGCUCGACGACAGUCUAGAGAUGUCAUGAAAAUGUUUUCUGGUUUGAGAAAGAUCACUUUAGACGAUUUAAAGAAAUCGUAUGUUGUGAAAGAUGUACAGCAGUACAUUUUAGACAGGCUAGAUGCUGAGCCUGACCUGAGAAAACACUUGACACGCAAUACAGCUGAGCAAUUUAAUUUACUCCAUGUCAAAAGUAAUGGGUGUAUUCUAUAUCUUGAGCAAAUACUAGAUAAUGUUAUCAAGGGCGUUUUGACCAUUGAGGAUGUUAGUGAUAUACCUGGAACAUUAAAUGGCCUGUAUUUAUGGUUGUGUCAACGAUUGUUUGCUGAAGAUGUUUAUAACGUUCAUCUGAAACCAAUAUUAGAAACAAUGUUAGCAGCUAAACAAAACUUGAGUUUUAAUGACUUACUAUUAACUAUCAAGUUAGUGAAUGAUGGUGUUAAUGAGAAGGAGGUUCAGGACAAUUUAGAAAUUCUAUCACCUGUGUUAGUCUUGGAGGAUGGUACCUAUCAUUUUGUUCACAAUUCAUUUAGUGAAUGGCGUGAUGUAAAGCACUGUACACGACGCUUUCUCUGUAACGUUGCUAAAGGUCAUGCAAUGUUGGCUGUUUAUUUCAUGUGUGGAGGCAAAACAUUAACAUUACAAGAGAAUGAAAGGUUUUUAUGGCAUUUAUUACAAAGCCAGUAUCCUUCGAGUGAUCCAACCAAAGUUGAGCAAUGGUUGAAGUGGAGUGGUGUACGUGCUGAAGACGCUGGCUCACUUGGGGAGAUUAAAAGUGAGAGUGCACAUAAACUUGGAGAUAUGCAAAACAUUACAAAAUCAAAUUGUGAGGGCGAAUCUCAUUCCAACAGAAAUGAUGGCGUGGAAUCUUGCACACAAAUGAACAACAAUAGAGAAGAAGAAGAUAAGGACUGGACACCUCUUUUGAAGGCAGCGUACAAUGGCAACUGUAAAGAAGUUCAUUCCCUGCUCCAAAAAGGUGCAGAUGUUAACUUCAUUGAUAGGAGUGGUAAGACAGCACUGAGUGUUGCAAGCAGUCAAGGCCAUGUAAAGAUAGUUCAUGAUCUUAUAAACUGUGGUGCAGAAAUAAACACUCGUGAUUCUAAUGGAUGUACACCAUUAAGAGCAGCAGCAAGAUGUGGUUCAUCAGAUACAGUUAAUUUACUGUUAAAGCAUGGUGCUAUUCCUGAUCUGGCUGAUAACAAUCAAAGAACUGCUUUGAGAGCUGCAGCUUGGGGUGGACAUUCCGAUAUUGUUCUUCAGUUGCUGCAGAAAGGUGCUGAUCCCAAUCAUAUGGACCAUGAAGGCCGCACAGCAUUAAUAGCCGCUGCUCAUACUGGUUGUGUUAAAACUGUUGAAGUUCUGUUAGAUCACAAAGCAAGUGUAAAUCAUGCAGAUAGCGAUGGAAGAACAGCAUUAGCAGUAUGUAUUCUAUCAGAAGCCUCGAAGAACCAACUUGAUGUGAUCAACGUUUUGUUGGAAAACGGUUCAGAUGUAAAUCACCCAGAUUUCGAUGGUAUGACUGCCUUAUGUUUGGCGUGUACGCUGGGCCAUAAAGGUGUUGUACAAUUGUUAUUAGAGAAAAAUGCAGAUAUUGGACAUUGGGAUAGACAUGGCAGGACGCCGCUGAUGCUAGCUUCAGCUAAUGGACAUCAUGCAGUUGUUAAAUUAUUAUUGGAAAAUCAAAGAGGUAAACAGAGAGAUAUACCGACAGAGAAUUUUUUUAAAAAGGACAAUUCUGGCUGGACGCCAUUGCUGGUUGCCUCAUUCAAUGGUUUUGAGUCAAUUGUCCAGCUACUUCUCUUUUACGGCGCAUCUUUGGCUGAAGUUGAUGACUCCAAACGAACCGCCCUAAUGCUUGCCGCACAUGAAGGCCAUACAGCGUUAGUUGUACAACUUAUUUGUGCAGGAUCAUCUGUGAAUGCGAAAUCUCUUGAGAGACGCACGGCAAUUCACUACGCGACAUUAUUUGGACAUAUUGAGUGUGUUGAAAAAUUGUUAGAAAAAGAAGCUGACGUAAACGUAUAUGAUAGUAAUGGUAUAACACCAUUGAACUACGCCGCCAAGGAAGGUAAUGCUAAAUUGUGUGAAAUGCUGUUAAAAGGUGGAGCGAAGGUCAAUUGUCAGGAUCCAAAUGGAAGAACUCCUCUUCAUACAGCAGCAUGGAGUGGGUUUUAUGGUGUGGCGGAGAAAUUAAUUGAAUAUGGUGCAGAUGUAAAUCAUUCAGGGUUGAUGGGAUACACACCAUUAAUGACAGCAGCCUGGAAAGGUCAUACCUCUGUUUUAAACUUACUUCUUAAGAAGAAUGCACAGGUCGAUGUCGUGUCUAGCAAUGAUAAAGCGACAGCUCUCAACAUCGCUGCUCAGGAAGGUCACGAAGAUGUUGUCAGGUUGUUGUUAAACAAUAAUGCGUCGUUGUUGCCAGAUAAAUACGGAAGAGAUCCUAUGAAGGUUGCCCAGCAAACAGGGAAUCGAGUGGUGGUAAAGAUAUUAGAUUCCUUUAGUUCUUUAUCAGUGAGUGAUGCUAAUUUUACCAACACUCUGAAAAAACAAUUUCCCAAACUUACAAAAACGACUUCAAAUGUGGACAACUCAUCACCAGUUCUCUCUGGGAAAAACAAGAAAUCCAUAACACGAACAACAUCCACAACCAGUUCACGUGGAAAGGAAGGAAGCGGUGAACUGGCUAGCUCAAACACAAGUAUUAGUUCUACUGGUCCUUCAACACCUUAUGAAGAAGAAUAUACUCACUCUUAUUGUGGUCCAUUUGGUGAAAUGUCAAUGACAAUGUCAUCAAUGUCGAGUUUAAAGCAGAGUAAAACUACCGUGUUGAGUUCUUCCCUUGCAAUGGACGAUGAUGUAUUUUUCGGAAGGUCUAUGUCCAAAGAUUCUGUUCAUAAAAUACCAUUUGACUUUAAUAUUGCAUACCACGGUUGUGAUCCAAUUACUUUAAGAAAAGCAUUAGAAAUGCCAUCAACCGAAACAACAUUAUGAACUAUCUAUAUAUCAUUGCAGAAUGUUAACGAAUAAAAUA